GUGCCUGGCAUGUAUCAUGUCCGUUAGAUGUCAGAGACUGGAUCGGAUGGCAAGGAUGGACCUCCUACUGUGUUUUUUACUCCUGUGUGCCGGUUUAGAUUUCUCCUGGAGUGUUUUGUUCCAAACACUUGUUGUGAGUCAGAGUCCCGAUGUCUCUGUCCUGGAGGGCGAGACAGUGAAGAUCACCUGCUGCUGGAAUAAAACUGCUGAAAGAGUUGGCCUUAAAUGGCUGAAAAACCAAACAACAAUCCAGGAUAAGACAUUUAUGAAUCAGUUGGAAGGCUCUUGGACUGAGCAGAAAAAUAAAUGUGUGGUUCUGAUGAUUGAAAAAAUUAAAAGAAGUGACUCUGGGAGAUACAUCUGCAAGGUUUUUGUGGAAAUACCAGUCUUAGCUGAAGUUAAAGGAGAUGGUACAACCAUCACGGUUACAGCCAGAGGGAACCCACCUGACAGCACAGAUCACCACACCGGUAAUGUAGAUGAAGAGAGGAUAGAUGGAGUGGUUGAAGACAAAGGAGAUGUCAACAGUAAUACCCAGAUUGUAGAUGAAACUCUACCUGUCCAUUUAGAAGAUAAAGAGAACACAGUCAAACACAAAGGGAAAACAACUGAGAGAAUGAUGAAUCACAUCGCUAAUGAUAAAAAGAAGACAAUCAGAAAAUGGGGAGGGAAUGCAGGAGACAACGCAAAUCCACGCACUGCUGACGGAAUGUCCGUUGGUUCUCAGGAGGAAAUGUUCACUUUUGUCCUGAGGUGCCUCCCCAUCCUCGCCCUCAUCACAGCCUUCUUUUGGCUCUACUAUAUAGGGACUAAAGCUCAGCAAAACAAAGCAGCUGUUCUUGGAAAUAAAGCCUCUUCAGAACAAAAGAUAGAGGAAGACCAAAAAGAAAAGAAGAAGGAAGAGUGUGUGACAAAAGAAAAAGAAGAAGAAGAAGAAAAAGAAAAAAGCAUAUGAAUUUGGAUGUCUAGUGAUAUUCAUGUUCAUCCAUUAAGGAUGUGGACUGAUCUGCCUUAGUGUAGAUGUUAUUAUAAGUUAAUUUAUGUAAGCAUCCAGCUAUCCUACUUGCAUGGUCACAAGGAAACUGGAGCCUAUCUCCAGUUGUCAGUUGGUGACAGACGGGUUACACCCUGAACUGGUAACCAGUCCACUCAAAAGGCAACAUACACACAAACUUGACAAACAACCAUUCAAACACACCAAAGUGUAAUCAAGUCACAUGGUUUUGAAGAGUGGAAAGAAAAGCUACAUAUGCAUGGGGAGAAAAUGCAAACUAGAGAACAGUUAUACACUAAAGUGUAACUAAACCUGAUGUAAAAGCAUAACCCCGCCCCCAGACAAAUUUUGAAAAAUACCACCAAAGUGGGCGGUGCCAAAAGACACUGAGGGGUGCAGCCAAGCGGAGGGGAUUGAGCGGGGGUGUGGUCACCAGGGCAAGGGAAAGCGACAGCUAGCUUAAUGUGACAUAUUGAUACAUGGAAAGUGAGCAGAACGACGCUGCUAUUUUUUAUCAUGGAUAGAUCUUUUCAGGUGGAGGAUUUUCCACACCAUUCGUCACCUGAGGUUAAGGGAGGCUUUACGGAGCCCAGUGGACUUGAGCCUUAUCAGUUUGAGCUGCUGGCUCAAGGCGCUGACUCAGCGAUGCCCGAAGCCUGCGCUGCCGAGACAGCGGAGGACAAAAUAGGAGUGUGUCUGAAUGAGAUGGUUUUAUAUUUCGUUUUAUACCAAAACCAAAAAUAUGUCAAAAUCCCAACUCAGCAAAAUGUUUAUUUCUUUCUUAAGAAAUGUAACCAAAAUUACUAGACACUGUUUUGAUAUAAAUUAAUCGUCUGCCUUUAAAGAGUUUUAGUACCAAAGCUGUGUUGAAUGUAUGUUAAGUGUUACUGUAAAAACCAAUGUGUCAUUCAGGCUUUAUUUAAAGACAAACACACCGAGGCAAUUAAGGUCAUUAUAGUCCAACAGAAACUUCACAAGCGAUGUUGAUAUUUGAUGAUAAAUAUGAAGAACAUAAAACUGGGGGUAUGCUUUUCAAAUGUAAUAAUACCACCUUUAAUUUUUUGCAAUCUUUGAGCAUACUUCCAUGUUGCAAAUUUCUUAGGAUUUUGUGUGACAUCUCAGCACAAAAUUAUGCAUAAUUGUGAAAUAAAACAAAAAUGAGAAAUUAUUUCCCUAUUUUCUUUAUAAAUAACAAUCUGAAGGGUUUGGCUUGUAUUUGUAUUCGGAACACCCCCCAUCUCCUCUUCCCCGAGUUAGUACUUUAUAAAACCACUAUUUGCUGCAAUUAC